AUCGCCGACACGUGGAUCUGCACGCUGAAGCUAGCCCCCUCCAGAAACCGGCACGUCUGCAGCCACGAACAGAGCAUCAACACGCACACCUCAGCGAAGAGCAGAGCAGCGUCUCCACGAUCUCCGGCGAUGGGCUCCCGCGCUGCUGGAUCAGUCCUCCUCCGCCACCUCUGCCCCCGAGUCUCCAGCUCGACCUCUGCGGCUGCGCAUGCGCAUGCGCAGCGGCCUCCGUUAGCCGGCGCCGGCGGAGGGGGCGUGGCCUUGUGGGCGCGACUUCUGUCCACCUCCGCCGCCGCGGCGAAGGAGGAGACGGCCGCGUCCAAGGAGAACACCGGGAGCACCGCCGCCGCGAAGGCGGAGGCGACGAAGGCCGCCAAGGAAGGGCCGGCCAGUGCGACUGCGAGUCCCGUGGCGAGCAGCUACUGGGGCAUCGAGGCGUCGAAGCUCGCGAGCAAGGACGGCGUCGAGUGGAAGUGGUCUUGCUUCAGACCAUGGGAGACGUACUCGCCGGACACGACGAUCGACCUGAAGAAGCACCACGAGCCGAAGGUGCUGCUCGACAAGGUCGCCUACUGGACCGUCAAGGCGCUGCGCGUGCCCACUGACAUCUUCUUCCAGAGGAGGUACGGGUGCCGCGCGAUGAUGCUGGAGACGGUGGCGGCGGUGCCGGGGAUGGUGGGCGGCAUGCUGCUGCACCUCCGGUCGCUCCGCCGCUUCGAGCACAGCGGCGGCUGGAUCCGCGCGCUGCUGGAGGAGGCCGAGAACGAGCGGAUGCACCUCAUGACCUUCAUGGAGGUGGCCAAGCCGAGGUGGUACGAGCGCGCGCUCGUGCUCGCCGUCCAGGGCGUCUUCUUCAACGCCUACUUCCUCGGCUACCUCCUGUCCCCCAAGCUCGCGCACCGCGUCGUCGGCUACCUCGAGGAGGAGGCCAUCCACUCCUACACCGAGUACCUCAAGGACAUCGAGGCCGGCAAGAUCGAGAACGUCCCCGCGCCGCCGAUCGCCAUCGACUACUGGCGCCUCCCCGCCGGCGCCACGCUCAAGGACGUCGUCGUCGUCGUCCGCGCCGACGAGGCACACCACCGCGACGUCAACCACUUCGCGUCGGAUGUUCAUUUUCAGGGGAUGGAUCUCAAGGAUAUCCCUGCCCCGCUCGAUUAUCACUGAAGAAAUCUUACGGCGGCUUGUGUCCUGCUCAGCUCUGCAGUUGUUACCAAGAAACACGAGUUGCUGUUGAUCUGUGCUACCGCAGUAGUAGAUAGGAAGUUAGGAACAUACAUGAGAAAUAGUAUCAAAUAACAAUGUUCUUAUGUUCACGAGUUGACAUGAUUUCUCGUGAUCCGGAUUCAUGUGUGCAUGGAAUUAUGCUAUUGAACUCCCUACCAUAAGAUAGCCACUGUUUGUGGGUUAAUACAUUGAUUAUUCAGUUUAGCGUAGACUGCAUCAUUCUUGGUGCAUUUUGUUCUGUUCGCUGGAAAGUUGGAAACCAAUCAUUUUGCGUCCUGUUA